AUGAGAUCAAAGACCUUGGCACAAAGACAACCCGCUCAUGGCAAGUUCCAGCCUUAUCGAUUUGACGACGACGACAAGCGUUACCCGAAGACUACGCAUCGACAACUCAAACUUGGCGAUGUACUUCAAGUUGUUAGUGAUGCUCGAGACUGCGACGAGUAUCAGGCGAUGAGGCGUAUUGGAACAACCAUCACCACCGCCUCCAUCCUCCCCGAGUACAAGAUCCACGCCACUGUCGGCAAGAAAGUCGAUUACGCCAGCUUCAUCAACCCCGAGCAGGACAAGUUCCUCCCCAACGCCACCAAGCUCAUCGACAAGGAUUGUGCGACUGCCACGGAUAACAGCAUUAACCACACCAGCUUCCAGCGCCUCCUCGAUCGACCCAUCUCUUUCAGCAUUGAGACGAAGCGCGGUGCGCAGACGGCGCAAAAGGCGGAACUUCAGAUGGGCGUAUAG